AUGAAAGAAAUUUCCUUACCAAACAGCCAAGUAUGUGCUGAAGCUCCUCUGAAGGCUGCUCUUCAUGAGCAUCCACAUCAACUAGUGUUGGGUGGACAAUGGACCAAGGAGACUGCUUGGCCAGCAUCAUUAGUGAGCCCUCCAACUGCUUCCGAACCACUUGCUCGGGAUGAGAACUUAACCGAGCAAGCAAUUCAGGAGUUACUUCCUAGAAGUGAAGAUUGUAAUCAGAAUGAAAUCAAGUUAUCCACACUAAACAAUAAAUAA